AUGGGCGGACCAUCAACAGCCAGCAGGAUGUUGAAGUCGCUCGUUAAUCGAUUCACGCCCGCCAACGAUGCAAACUCUGCCGACACCAAACCUGGCCCUGAUGGUUUUUUGACCGCAACAAAAUAUGGAGCGCUUUUUACUCCGACCGAUCCCGCCGUCGACGGCGAAGAUUGCCUCCAGGACUGUGCAAACUGCUCGAUCAACUACCCCAAGAAAUGGUCGAUAGACGAGGACGACAAGCUGUAUGGCGAGAUCCGGGGCUGGAGUCGUCACUUGAUUGUGGCGACGGGCAAGACAGACUGGAAGCGCGAUGUCGAGGACGAGAAACACAGCGUCAUGGAAGCAAUCGGCAAGCACAUUGGCCAGGUGGAGGGAAGACUGAUGCUGAGCGCGAGCAACAUUCCCGUGCCUGAGGUGGCUGGCGGUCACAGUGGGCCAUAUGGAGAGGAGCGACCUACCACGGUGCUUCUCAUGCCAUCUUUCACCUAUGUGGAGAACGUCCAGCCCACUCACGUCCCAGAUCUUAUCCAGAGCGUCAUCAACACAGCACCAACCAACACCACGCCCCUCGAUACAAGCUCCAGCCUCUCCAACGGUAGUACUGGUGUAAACAAUCCUCAAGACGACAACGCUCCUCCGCCAUCUAACGGUAACGCCCAUUCCCAGCCCAACGGAGACUCAAAUGGCAACGGGGAUGUGCCGCACACUCCUAUGCCAGGCCCUCCCAAGGACCUUCCCGCUGGUCUCUCACUGCGAGCAUGUCCUCACAAGUAUGUCAUCCUCAUCUGCUCACAUGCCACACGUGAUGCUCGUUGCGGACAAUCCGCGCCCCUGCUCCGUCGCGAGCUCGAGCGCCAUCUAAGGCCCCUCGGACUUUUUCGCGACCUAGGUGAUGAGAGGCCCGGCGGUGUAGGCAUAUACUUCAUCAACCAUGUUGGUGGUCACAAGUACAGCGCCAACAUGAUGGUCUAUCGCCGCGCCGAGCCCCGACGGUCUGUGCAGGAGCAAAUGGCCAACGACGGUCCAGACCAUGAGGUGGGAGGCAAGAGCAAUGCAGACGGCGAAGCCGCGCAGUGUAUCUGGCUUGCACGAAUUCGGCCCGAGGAUUGCGAGAACUUGGUGCGCUUCACGGUGCUGCAAGGCAAGGUUGUGAAGCCAGAGAGGCAGCUGCGAGGAGGUUUCGAUCGUGAGAGGGGUAUCGCAAGUUGGUAA